CCCAGAAGCGAUAAUGGAGGAGAGAAGGAGCUAGCCCCCGAAGGAGUGUUGGGAUGGACACACCUGGGACGGGACCCAUUUUCAAAAUGUCAGGCUGUUGCAUUUUGUCCAAUUUCUUUUCACUUGGUUUCUCUUUCGUGGGCAGGCCAAGUCCUCCCCGAACUCCACCUCGUUGCCCGAUUCUCUCAGGCCCAGGUGGGGCCCAGAUUCUUCUUUGUCCUGCCCCGGUCCCCUACCCUUGUGGCUGCUGCUUUUUUAUUGAGGUGUUUUUGUUUGUUUUGUUUUGUUUUUAAUUAGAAAUGCCGUCGCAAAGUGAAGAUGCCUGGCCACUUGGUCGACAGCACAAUGUCUUUACCACUCUUAGCCCCUUUUGUUUCAACAAACCCCGAGUCUUAGUGCAAUGUUGUUCUUCCCAACUGCUCCUGGUUCCUAAAUACAUGGCCACUUACCACCAAGAAGGGCAGAUGCAGCUGCCCCGAGCUGAUGCCAUUCGUUCACGUCUCAUCGAUACUUUCUCUCUCAUCGAGCAUUUGCAAGGCUUGAGCCAAGCUGUGCCGCGGCACACUAUCAGGGAGUUACUCGAUCCUUCCUGCCAAAAGAAACUUACGUUGGGAGAUCAACACCAGCUAGUGCACUUCUCUAUAAAGCCUCAAUAUAUAGGACGGAUUUCACAUGCCCAGAGGCUGUUGAGCAGGCUUCAUGUGCGCCGCAGUCAGAGGCCACCUCUUUCUUUGUGGGUCGGAUGGGUCCUUGAGUGUCCUCUCUUCAAAAAUUUCAUCAUCUUCCUGAUCUUUUUGAAUACUAUCGUAUUGAUGGUUGAAAUAGAAUUGCUGGAAUCCACAAAUACCAAACUAUGGCCAUUGAAGCUGACCUUGGAGGUGGCAACUUUGUUUAUCUUGUUUAUUUUCUUCCUGGAGAUCCUUCUUAAGUGGCUAUCCAACUUUUCCCUUUUCUGGAAGAGUGGCUGGAAUGUCUUUGACUUUGUUGUUACCAUGUUGUCCCUGCUUCCCGAGGUUGUGGUAUUGGUAGGGGUAACAGGCCAAUCGGUGUGGCUUCAGCUUCUGAGGAUCUGCCGGGUGCUGAGGUCUCUCAAACUCCUUGCACAAUUCCGUCAAAUUCGAGUUAUUAUUUUGGUUCUGGUCAGGGCCCUCAAGAGCAUGACCUUCCUCUUGAUGUUGCUGCUUAUCUUCUUCUACAUUUUUGUUGUGACUGGUGUCUACCUCUUCCCAGAGUAUACCCCUUCACCUCGUCAGGACCUGGAGUACCAUGUGUUCUUCUUGGACCUCCCGAAUUCCCUGGUAACAGUGUUCAUUCUCUUCACCUUGGAUCAUUGGUAUGCACUGCUUCAGGAUGUCUGGAAGGUGCGUGAACCCAGUCGCAUCUUCAGCAUCUAUUUCAUCCUUUGGUUGUUGCUUGGCUCCAUUAUCUUUCGGAGUAUCAUAGUAGCCAUGAUGGUUACUAACUUUCAGAAUAUCAGGAAAGAGAUGAAUGAGGAGAUGGCACGUCAGGAGGUUCAGCUGAAAGCUGACAUGUUCAAGCGGCAGAUCAUCCAGAGAGAAAAAAACGUGUCACAGGAGGCACUGAGGUCAAGCCAUAGCAAAAUAGAUGACAGGUCAUUUGGACUGGGAGACUCUUGUGCAUGAAAAUCUGCCUGGGCUAAUGCAAAUGGAUCAGGAUGACCAUGUUUGGCCCAGAGACUCACUCUUCUGAUAUUUUAAGUUGCUAGAAAAUCUUCAGUAUAACCUAGAGGAGCGUAAGAAGUUACAAGAGUUUGCAG